AUGGACGUGCUGGGUAAGAUCGUACAGGGCACGGGCUGCGCCGUGGACGGCACUGUGGCAGCACAGAACCCGCUGUCGCGCGCGCUGGACAGCGUCGUGCAGUCACAGGCGCGCGGCCGCCAGUCCCGUGGGCCUAUGCCUGCCUACCGUGGCCGCAGUGAGCUGCAGAUGCAAAUGCAGCGCCCUCACGUAGCGCGGGCAGCCGACCCACAGUUCCUUGCAGCAUUCGAGCAGGAGGCUGCCAGUCGCUCGCGCAUGGAGGCGGCCUUUCGCUCGGGCGAGGCGCAGCAGCAGAUAAUGCAUGCGCACCAAGCCUCGAUGGAGGCGGCCUUUGAAGAGGCCCAGCGCGCACAGUUUCAGCACAUGCCGGGACCUCCACCACCGCCCAUGAUGGGCCCGCAAAUGAUGCAUCCGCGCGCCAUGCAGCAUGAUGCUUGGGUCGAGGACUUCCGCUCCAAUCAUCUAGACGACGCCUGGCAGACCGCUGGCAAGUCCCAUCACGAGGUGGCGUGGGAAGAGACGAAGGCGCCGGUGCCUGUGAUGCACCAGCCCAUGAUGCACGCUGCUCCCGUAACAACACAGCAGGUCGACGCUCCCCUGGAGCAGGCGACGCAGGAGGCUGCGAAGAAUCUCGAGGCGCAGCAGGCUUCUAGCGAGAUGGCGCGCACUAUGAGCCAGAACCCAGACCCGAAAUUCCAGAACAGCCAGUUUCUCAAAUUCAUGAACCAGGUGAGCACGGGUGAGGUGCAAAUUGAUGAAGAGAAGAACGAAGUCGUGAACGGGGAGCUCAAGAUGGAGGGCGCUCUAGAAGGAGCGUGGGAAGACACGUCGGAUAUGCACUCGAACCGAGAUCUUUUCGACGCGAGCUGGAAACAGAGUGGAAAUGCCUCAGCAGCAGCAAUGGAGAACGCGUUUGCAGAAGCAGCUGGUGCUCCUGCACACCCACUCGAAGGAGCUUGGAUGGAGGCCGGUACAGCUAAUGCCACCGGCUUGGACCAAGCGUGGGGUGACUCGAAGACUGCGGAGGAGAAGAUGAUGGACAGUGCGUGGGGUGAAAGUGACAACUUGGAGGCGAUUUGGGAGAAGGCGAUGGCAGAAGCACAAACUACAGACCCGUUCGAAGAUGCGUGGGAUAAUGCCACCAGCCAGGACUACACUUACAAGACCGAGAAUCCAUUCCUGGAAUCGUCCGAGAAUUUCCAAAAGGGGAUUGAGUUUUUCAAGUCCGGCCAUUUAGAUGACGCGAUCCUCGCUUUCGAAGCAGAGGUACAGCAGCACUCGGAUAACAGUGAGGCGUGGAGAAUGCUCGGUGAAUGCCACGCAGAGAACGACGAGGAUAAAAGCGCCAUUAUUUGCCUGGAACGUGCGGUGGAGGAGGAUCCGUAUAACUUAAGUGCACUAUUGGCACUCGGAGUCAGCAAUGUGAACGAAUUGAACCCGCAAGGCGCGCUGAAAACACUGAAAGCUUGGGUACAGCACAACCCCAAGUUUCAUGGCCUGGAGAUCCAGGUAGACGAGUAUAGCGACGGGUCUUUGAUGGAUGAAGUUAUGCAACUGAUGCUGCAGGCACGUGCGCACGACCCCAGUGAUUCGGACGUGCAAGUUGUGCUGGGUGUCCUGUACAACGUGUCAAAAGACUACGACGCAGCAGUCGCGAGUUUCAAGGCUGCGACGGACUCGCGGCCGGAUGAGUAUGCGCUGUGGAACAAGAUUGGAGCGACACUAGCGAACUCAGCUCGCUCGUCCGAGGCCAUCCCUGCGUAUCAUCGUGCGCUGGAGUUGAAGCCUCGAUAUGCUCGCGGGUGGCUCAACCUGGGCAUUAGCCACGCCAAUCUGGGGAACUACGAGGAGGCCACAAAGUGCUACUUGCAGGCGCUGAGUUUGAACAACCGCGCAGACCAUAUCUGGAGCUAUUUAAGAAUCUGCUUCACAUGCAUGGAGCGGUUCGAUUUGGUGAAGAUCGCGGAUACGAAAGACAUCGCCCGCUUCCGCGAAGAAUUCAAGCUCAUCGAUCUCUAA